AUGGGGCAAAGCCGCUGCGAAAUCUGCCCGGUGGGUACGUUCAGCAGCUCCAGUGGGCUGACGCAGUGUACGAACUGCACCGCCGGGUUGUUCAACAACGAGGCUGCCCAGACUUCCUGCCGGAGCUGUGCCUCAGGAACCAUCAGUACAGAGGAUGCGGCCUCGAAGUGCACGCCCUGCAGCUCCGGGGAGUAUGCGCCAAGCUUCGGCAUGACGUUCUGCAGCCAGUGCCAG